GUGUUAGUCGUGAUUUAUAUGCACGAAAGAAUUCAUUCGUUGUACCUGAAUUGAUACAUUCUAUAAACCUUGAAGAAUAUACAACUACAAGAGAUACUUUAUAUGGUCUUGAAUUUUUAAAUCACAUAACUAGGGAAAUAUCCCAAGGAAUGUUGGAUCAAGUCAUUCCAAUUGUAUGCUCAUGGAAAGAUUCUUUUGAUGUAAUUAUUGAUUGUAUAAAUAAAGGUGCUACGGACUAUCUAAUAAAACCUAUAAGACCUGAAGUUGCAAAAACUAUAUUUUUGAAUGCACAUAGAUUUUCGGGGAACAAAUCUCCACUAUCUCCAAUAGAUUAUCGAAAACCUGCCAUACGGAAUAGUUUUUCUUUCGAACAGAGACUUGAAGAAGUUUUUAUGAAAGAUAAUUG